AUGGCGACCGAAAUGGAAGUCGACCCUCCUACCCAGGACGACGGCCCCGCGCAAUCAGGAAGCGCCGAACCCAGAACGCAUUCUGCGGCGGUCGCAGUACGAAGUAUCGAAGGAUGGAUUGUGCUAGUGACAAAUAUCCACGAAGAAGCUUCUGAGGAAGAUGUGACGGAUCUCUUCGCUGAGCACGGCGAAAUCAAAAAUUUCAACUUGAAUCUGGAUCGUCGCACGGGUUAUGUCAAGGGCUAUGCUCUGAUCGAAUACUCAACACUUCCCGAAGCAAGCGCUGCGAUCGAAGCUCUCAACGACACAAAGCUACUUGACCAAACUAUUCACGUGGACUUUGCCUUUGUCCGACCUCCUCCAGGCAACAAGGGCAAGGCUGGAGCACCAAAGGGAGCUCGUGGCGGGAGAACAAGAAGCAGAAGCCGUGAUCGCAGUCGCAGUCCUGGAGCCGACAAUGGAAGGGACUAA